AUGUUAUGGCUAUGUGCUCUGUGGCACCUCGCUGUUCCGGCGGGCGGGAUGACAUGGGGCAUGAUUGCUGGCACCAUCGAGGCGACGUGUGACGGCACAGGAGACGCAGCUGAUGCUCCGGCUAAGCUGUUGCUUACGCCGGGCUCACUCGUGUUCCUCUGUCCCACUUUCAUCCGCUUCGCUAAAGCCGCCACCCUGAAACGCCCCGCCCCUCCGCUCAUCGCGCCCGAGUGCCCGCGCAACAUCGCCGCCGCAGGCAUCAGUCCCAUCUUGGACUCACAGAUUUCCUUCCAUCAGAGGUGUUUGGAUUACCGCUGCAAGAUCACCAUGAAGUCUAUCGCACUUAUUGCUCUUCUCUUCGGUGUUGCUGUCGCUGAAUACGGACAGCAGGGAGGAGGUUUUGGAGUCGGCGGCGUCAGAGGUGGCGCCAUCGGUGGCGGCCGCAUCAUCACCCAGGUGAGUGGCGGACAGCAAGGCGGUGGUUCGUACCAAUCAGGAGGUGGUCUGACCGGAGGAGGCAGGAUCAGUGGUGGAUCCUUCCGAGUUGGAGGUGGUCAGAUCAGAGGAGGCCAAGUUGGAGGUGGAUCCCUCGGUGGUGGAUCCUUCCAAGUUGGUGGUGGAUCUCUCGGUGGUGGAUCCUUCCAAGUUGGAGGUGGAUCUUUCGGUGGUGGAUCCUUCGGAGGCGGCAGCCUGGGUGGAGGCCAGCAACAGACCGGAGCCCCAGAGUUCUUCACCACGACCAGAUACGGACCCAUCGCUACCGGCGGACUGAGAGGAAGCGGAGACAGGAGCAGCGGCCUGACCUUCUCCAGGACCGGUACCGCCACCGGCUCACUGUUCAGCAGAGACAACGCCGAUGCCACAGAGACGGCGAAGAAGAGCCGCGGAUACGAGUACAGAUACAAAGAGGGACACGAGUACACGCAGCCAAAGACCCUGUACAACUAUGAUAUCGAGGAGCCCGUCUGGGGAUUCGCUGACGUCGACGUUGUCUAUCGAGGCGAGGGCGGUGGUGCUGGUGGCGCCAUCGGUGGUGGCAGCAUCGGCGGUGGCAGCUUCGGCGGUGGCGCCAUCGGUGGUGGAAGCAUCGGCGGUGGCAGCUUCGGCGGUGGCGCCAUCGGUGGUGGAAGCAUCGGCGGUGGCAGCUUCGGCGGUGGCGCCAUCGGUGGUGGAAGCUUCGGAGGUCAGCAGGUCGUUUCCGGUGGAAACUUCGGAGGUCAACAGGUGUCUGGUGGCUUUGCUGGUGGCCGUGGCAGCGGAGGCUACGGUCAGGGAGGAUACCAAUAAGAGCGGGAAAGAGGCUGGAGCAUUGUUAGUUGAAAGUGAACUCAAAAUAAUAAUAAAAAACAGAUUCGGCACAAAAGGCGAUCUGCGUCGAAAAUUGAGCAGACUUGUUUUUAUUUUCAAGAUGUCAUUGAAUCAAUAGAUGUUUAUAGUUUAUAGUGCAGUAACAGUAACUGUGAUAAAAAUGAUUUAUUCUAGAUUUUGGCAAGAAACGCGGCUGAUGAAAUACAUCUAUUUUUACUAUGCUCCACAAUGCCCAACCACCAGAGAGCAAAUUCCUGCUGGUACCGAAACUUGUGUUUCAAAAAUGGAUUACGAUAAGUUAACUUACGGUAGAAAGAAGAUAUUAUGUAUAGAAAUAUGUGAGGAGAUAGCAUUUAUUUUAAUUAGUACAAUGUAAAAAUAAUUAUGAUGAUCGUAAUGGCCUUGCUUUGUCACAGUUGCUUAUUCACGCGUGUAAAUACCCAUUCAUGAGAUCGGAAGGUACGGCUCAGUCUGAGAUGAUGCCUGUUCUUAUUAUUGCUGUAUAUAGUUUUAUCGACGAGGGCGAUUGAUACUUUAAAUAAAUAAAUGCAAUUCAGUUUUGCUGAAAUCAAA